UCCUCCCCACACAACAAACUUUGGCACCCAGCUUUGAAAAGAGGUCGUGGACAGUACUCCUAUUUGUUUGCAUAAAAUAAAGUAAGGAAUCGUCCCUACGAAUCAUCCAAGUGGUGAAAGUGGAGGACACUUUCACUUUGGUUAAUAUCAAUAGUAUACAACUGGCUCCUGACAACAUCCUGUGGAGUGGAGGAUACGAAAGUGACCAAGCUGUAGAAUGUGCUAAUUAGUCAUUUCACUACUGAUAGGACGUUAUCAUAAUGACACAGCCUGCUUUCUCCUUCAUGGGGAGUGGAGUGGAGGAUUCCCUCGAGUUGGAUGGAGGGUUGGAUGACUUUGAUGUCACAUUGAGAAUUCACGACUCCAAGUCUGUGACCCCGGAUCCCGAGCGAGUGGGUGGUCUUCAGUACGAAGAGAUUCCCCACAUUGCCGUGACCCCGAUGACCCCUCCAUCCGGCAGUGUCAGUCCUGACGAUGGGCACAGCACGGUCUCCUUGAACUCAUCCUGCACCGGGUCUCCCAUGUUUCAGCCCAGGAUGGGGCUGCUAAAUGGGGGUGACGUCGAUGGGGAACUCAACAAUGCAUGGGCGAGAUCGGAAAGUCCCAUGCAUCCGCAGAACGAGGUGGAAGCCAAGGACUUUUUUGCUUAUCGAGAUAGCAUUCUGAAUAACGUCAUAUCCGAAGUUCAUGAAACGAUAAAUUUCAACACGGACGGGGCGAUCAAGGGAACGUGGCUUCUUACAGAAAUUGAUUCGUGGAACCAUGAGUGGGAGCGGAUUGUAAUUUUAUGCUAUCGAGUUCUGGUUAUAGUCAAGUAUGACUUUAUUGGGAUGAAGGUUGAGGACACGAGGAGGCUGGAACUGGCCGUGAUAGACAAAGUCAUCCAGGGGAACUUGGUCUUUCCCCAAAAUUCUUUGACCCCGAAGCUGAAUGGGAUUGCUGAGGGGAUAGCUGGAGUGAUGAAAGAGUGCAUUAUUCCCACCGUUCACGGGACUGUGCAGACAGUUGGGUGUGCCGUUUGGCGAAAGAGUCGGUGCACAAGUUUGGAACAAGGGCUUGAGGCCACAGAGGACAACAUUUUGGUGGACAAGCCCAGUGAGACCGAACCUCCAACCACCGAGACUGAUGGGGCGCCCACUAAGGAUCGUUCAAUUCGAGGAACAAUCAUGUCGGCCCUCUCGUUAGAGAAAUUCGAGUCAAAGACCAGAAAGUCACAGGGGGUUCAAAUAAUUUGGAAUGAAAAUCAACCAUUGAGUUUCCAUCAAAAGUGGAACCCUUUCGAUAAAUCCAUUCCACGAGCUACGUUUACAUCACACCCACUAUUUUGGCACAAAGGUGGAGGUGGAUCGGUGGCAUUUUUUGAUGUUGACCCAUUUGUUCGCGAGCUAAUCCAUGCUCUUGGACAAGGAGGAGGGGAUGAUUUGUCUCCCUGCUGCAGGAUAGAAUUCAAACCCAUCAUUAUAGAAAGUUAUGUUGGUAUAGCUUCUCUUUUGCACAACGCCAACUCACUAGGCUUUUACAAGGUUCGUGGGAAAGUAAGCUUUUAAAAAAUAAAAAUUCGAACCACAUUGUUUCUUGUACGGGCACCGCUGGAUGGUAUCUCCGCAAAUUUUCCUAAUUUUUAUGCAUUUUAAUCCUGAGAAGGUAAAUAUGUAGAUCAUUCUACCAGUCAACGAGUAGUCGUCGUUUAGAAAGGGUAUAUCAAUCUAUAAUGCAGUCAGAGUAUGUAUAGCAAAUAAAUAUCUAUGCAGCCUUCAUCCCUUCCCUCGUACAAGAAAGACGCCAACUGACUGUCACUACUACCACAGCAGUCGCAUCGCAGGACAUUUCCUCACUUUUAGGCCUUUAUUAAGUAGCCAAAGUUUUGCAUUCUUUUCUUAAACCAAUGACUGGACCUGGUACAAUUUGUUACCUCUUAAUUGUACUCAUACAACUAUAUAACUACUAGUGCAACUAUACUACUAUCAACUAUAAAUGCAUGAUAUUAUAUGAUUGAUUAAAUUAUGCAACGCAGAUAAUAAACAUUUUUUGAAAAGGUA